AUGGAGCGCAACCUGAGCGCCAAAGCGCGGGCCAACGGGACCUCGGAGGAGGAUUCGGCGGCGGAGGCGACCUUGGCGUGGGCUUUCGGCGUGGCGCUGUCGCUGCUGUGCGUGGCCGGCGUCUCGGGCAACACGUACACCUUGGCGCUGCUGUGGCGCUCGGGCCGGCGCUGCUGCUGCUGCUGGUGCCCGCCCAGCUCCGCGGCCUCCUCCUCCUCCCGCGUGUCCCCGCUGGCGCCCUCCCUCGCCAGCCUGGCCCUGGCCGACCUGCUCUACCUGGGCUCCAUCCCCUUCAUCGUGAGCACCUCGCUGGCGCGCGACUGGCCCUUCGGGGCGCUGGGCUGCCGCCUCCUGCUCAGCCUGGACCUGCUCAGCAUGCACGCCAGCAUUUUCACCCUGACCCUCAUGUGCGCCCAGCGGUACCGCGCCGUGGCCAGGCCCCUGGCUGCCCGGGGCUGCGCCGGGACCCCAAGGGCCCAGGGAGCGCUGGCUGGCGCCGCCUGGGCCCUCUCGCUGCUCCUGGCGCUGCCCAUGAUGCUGAUGGUGAGCCUGGGCCGGGGCCCCGGCGGGAAGCGCCUCUGCGCCCCCACCUGGAGCCCCCAGGCCUACCGCCUCUACCUGAGCCUGCUCUUCGGCACCAGCAUCGUGGGGCCCGGCCUGGCCAUCGGGGCCCUCUAUGCCCGCCUGGCCCUGGCCUAUCUGGCCUCGCUGAAGCGCCCGCCGCGCAAGCAGGAGCCCCGCCACACCCCACGCCGCAAGGUCCUGCUCCUGCUCCUCAGCAUUGUGCUGCUCUUCUGGGCCUGCUUCUUGCCCUUCUGGCUCUGGCAGCUGGUGCCCCUCUACCACGGGCCGCUAGGCCUGGCCCGGCCCACCCAGAAGCGCAUUCACUACCUGGUAACCUGCCUCACCUACAGCAACAGCUGCAUCAACCCCUUCCUCUACACCUUGCUCACCCGCAGCCACCAGGAGUACCUCCGCAGCCGGCACAGUGCCCGCUACCGCUUCAUCUCCUCCUUCUGCCAAAACUCAGGAGCAGCCCAGAGGCAGCCUGGGGAGGGGGGUCUGGCCAUGGCCACACUGUGUCACCCCAAGUGAAUGGCCUCCCACCCAGCCUUGCAUCUCUAGAAUCUACCUCCAGGUGAGCCCAGCCCAGGUAAGGCCAAGGGUGAGCUGAUGUGGUCUGUCCAAUGCCAUUUUCUGAAUCAGCACCCCAAAUAA